AUGGGUAAAAUUCCUUCUAUCUCUCUCUGCUCACACUCUGCUUCUCUUUUAGCCUCAGGUGGGCCUCCUCCGGAGCCAGGCUGCUCUGUUGUGGACCCUGAAGACUCCGUGGAAGCAGACGGGCCCGCACAGCCAGCCCAACCCGCAAAACCCACCGCUUACGUGAAACCCUUCAGAUGGCAGCCCCCAGCUGGCACAGAGCCAGCUCGUCCUGCAGAGAGAGGCCGGCGCCGGGGAGGAAGCCGGCGGCCAGGGCGAGGCGGUGGCAGAGGGGGCGGGCCCCGCAGGGACGCUGGCCAGAGACAGGGCGCAGAACGCUUGCCGGGACCGGACUUGCACAUCCAACUGGACCACCAUGGAGAGCCAGGCCACCAGGGGGAACUGGAAAUCUGGGAGACCGAAGCCUCCUCUCUUUCUGAAACAGCUCCUGUGCCUGGAACUGUGCAGGAAGGCCCUGGCCCCGACGUGGCCCAGCCUGAGCUGGGGCUUCAGGAGCCACCCCCUGCCCCUGGGCCUCAGGCUGUCGCCGGGCAGCCCAUGUUGACCGUCUAUCCCUGCAUCGGGUUUAGGGCUCUGGGUGGCUCAGCUGCUUUACAGGUCAUUCAAACCCCCCACGGCACCUAUGUGCAAGGGGUCCCAGUGUUCGUCACCGACAUUGCAUACUGA